CCCUCCCCCUCCGACGAUCUACACUGAACCUCCGACAGACGAUCUACACUGAACGGCGAUCGAUCUACAUUGAGUUUUGGUAAGGAGAGAUGGGAGAAAGGAAGGUGUUGAACAAGUACUACCCGUCGAACUUCGAUCCGGCAAAGAUUCUGAAGCGGAGGCAGCCGAAGAACCAGCAGAUGAAGGUGCAGAUGAUGCUUCCCAUGAGCAUUCGCUGCGGUACCUGCAGCAAUUACAUCUACAAAGGUACCAAGUUCAACUCCCGCAAGGAAGACGUCAUCUGCGAGACAUACUUGGGGAUCCAAAUAUUCAAGUUUUAUUUCAAAUGCACUAAGUGCUCUGCCGAGUUAACAAUAAAGACCGACCCGCAAAAUUCAGACUAUGUUGUUGAGUUGGGUGCAUCACGGGUUCUGAAAAGCGGUUGCGGUCGCCGUAACGGUGGCGGUGACGUGGUUGCGGUUGCGGGGUGUAAAGGCCGUAGUGUAACGGUUGCGGUAAUCGGAACCACAUACUUGGGGAUCCAAAUAUUCAAGUUUUAUUUCAAAUGCACUAAGUGCUCUGCUGAGUUAACAAUAAAGACCGACCCGCAAAAUUCAGACUAUGUUGUUGAGUUGGGUGCAUCACGGAAUUUCGAACCUUGGCGUGCAGUGGAUGAGGAAGCAAAUAAGGAAAAACAAAAAAGGGAAACUGAAGAGAUGGAAGAUGCAAUGAAAUCCUUGGAGAAUAGAACCUUGGAUUCAAAAAGAGAGAUGGACAUCCUUGCUGCCCUGGAUGAAGUGAAGUCCAUGAGGUCAAGACAAGCAACUAUCAGUGUAGAUGCAAUGCUGGAGGUCUUGCAGCGCUCAGCUGAGGAAAAGGAAAAGAAGUUGGAAGAAGAGGACGAAGCACUCAUAAAAUCAUUAUUUGGAGCACCAAGAGAGGUCGUUCGCAGGAUCGAUGAUGAUAUUCUUGAUGAUGAUGAAGAUUUAUCUCAGAUUUCAACUGACAAUGCUGAAACAUCAAAAAAUAAUUCAAAAAGGAGAAAGGUUUCUGAAGAACUUCCUACUAAUAGGUUUCUGAAGAACUUCCCACUUAGCCAACAGAUAAUCUGACGGAAACAAGUUACAAUUCCAAGAAUGAAGGUUGUUAAGUUGGUCCAAAUAAUUCUUAGUGGGUGUUUGGGAAGUUGCUAUUUUAGGAGGCUAAAAUUUGUGUUUGGUAGUUGGAUUUUUUUUUUUAUAGUUGAAUGUGAUGUUUGUGAGAGAAAAAGUGAAAUGAUUAUGAGUUUGAUGUG